AUGAUUUCAAUUUGGGGUGCGGGCGGCGGGCGGUGCAUUAUUAUUCAGGCGGCGUGGAGCGCCGGCCGCGGCGGCGGAGUGCGCCACGCAGAUAAGCGGAGCUCGACGCGAGCCGAGACGCCGGCAGUCGUAGCACGGCGGGGGCCUUAUCGGAAACGGCUUACGGUGACCCCAUGCAAACUCCCUAAUGUGACAUUCCUCACGGGCCACCCCCGCGGAACCCUCCGCCGAUCGAUCUCGAUGCAAAGUUCCCCGGCGGGGGACGCAGAUCCCGUUUCGCCCCUUGCGAUUUUAUUGUUACAUUUCUGCUUACUUUACGGCUGCGUU